CUUGGCACUUUUGAUGACUACAUGAAUAGAUCCAUACUAUGUACUUAGUGACACAUCCUUUACUCAACACUCUUAGCCUAAUAAUUACAUCUAGGAGCGUGAGUCACGACAAAAUAUAUGCUAUACACCAACCACCUAUGAAUUUACACAUGGAUCUUAAUGGGUCAUAUUAAUAUCUGUCCUAGGUUAAACUUAUUAUAUAAUAGCAAGUUGAAAUGACUCUAAUUAUGAGAAAGCUGAAAUUGUUUCUGGAUAGGAUCAUACCAGCGAUGAGCUACUAGUUGAGAACCAAAAGAUACCGUUAGCAACAAUGUAGAAAUACAAACACAUACAGCUAAACGUAUUUAUAUCUGAAUAACUCUAAUCGCCCUGACUGGAUGAUACAUCCGGCAGAAGAGUAACAGACAAUAGUAGUACUAAGUAUCAAUUGCCCGAAAAAGAAAUGCCACAUCUAACGCUUCAUAUAGUGGAGUGGGAGCUUUACCCACGCCGUAUUCUUAUCUAUCUUCAUGAAAAGGGGCUUCUCAAAUCAAAACAUAUUGCGAUAGUAGACCAAGCUCCAUGGCUGGGCACUCCACUGAUGAGGCCAGUGCCUUCCCUAGAAUUAUCUCGUGGGAGAUCUAUCGGGCCAUCGGUAGCCAUCAUCGAGUAUUUCGAAGACAUCUGCGACAACCCUCAAGAGGAAUGGCAGAAGGAACUUGCCGCUAUGGCCAAACCCUCUAUGAGAGGGACGAACUUACUUAAAAGAGCGGAGAUGAGGGGUGUCUACGCAAUAAUCGAAGAAGCAUCGGUUCUAUUCAAUUUUGCUUCUCUUAGAGGUAGCAGGCGCCACGCACCAGUCAACCCGACGAACUCCGCGGUAGCAAACAUGGCACUCGGUUUAUCAAAGAGGAGCUUGAGCGGCAUACAGGAUUACUAUAGUAAACGGUUCAGGGAUAACUUCGAUGAUCAUGAUUAUGGUAGAGAUAUCAACAUCGCGGAUAUCGCUUUAUUCUCGCUCGUGGAAUACGCCAAGGAACUUUACGGUCAAAAUUUAGUGGCUGGACUAUUGAAUCUCAAGAGGUUCUACAUGGCCUUCGAUCAAAGAGAGAGCGCAAAGAGACCGCAUGGGUUUUAUCCCGAUGAUAUCGUGGCGCAAGCUCGUGACUGGAACUAAGGGGUAUUAAGAAUGAGAUUACCCCUGAAGACAUAAGAGC